UGGUGGCUGGAAAGCUUACCAGGACGGGAGUCUUGUUGGUAACGGUACCGCAUUACAAACUGGAUACGUCAUUCCCGGUGGUGGAAAACUCGUCAUCGGUCAAGAACAAGAUGACUUCGGAGGAAGAUUUGGGCCUGAUGAAGUGUUUAUUGGUAGCAUAAGUAGGUUAAACUUAUGGGACUAUGAGCUUUCAGAGGAGGCAAUCUACACUCUGGCAAGUAACUGUCACAACAAGACUGGGAAUGUCAAGGCAUGGCCUGACUUCAUUGCUGGCCUGAAAGGAAGAGUCAAGAUGAGCAACUCCUCUUCCUUCUGCGAUGGUCUGGAUGACUGCUCGGUAGAUUUCUGUAGCAACGGGGGUACUUGUAUUGACAAAGUCAAUAGUUCCUCCUGUGACUGUCCAACUGGCUACCAUGGUGACUUGUGUGAAGUGAUGAUUCCCGGCUGCCACCCCAACCCAUGCCAGAAUGGGAAAUGUGUGUACAACAAGGAGCAAAAUAUGACAGACUGUGUUUGCAACCCUGGAUUUACAGGGGAAACGUGUGAGAUGACUAUCGACUACUGCACCCCUAACCCAUGUUUGAAUGGAGGAAUAUGUCAUGAUCAUGACCACAGCGGAAACAACUUUCAGUGCAGCUGUCGACAUGGGUUCACUGGCCAUCUUUGUGAAAUAGCUGUCACCUGUUCACCACCACCUGCUCAAGAACACACAUCUAUUCAACCUUUAAACCCUAACUAUGCUGUGGGAUCACUAAUAACAUAUUCAUGUGCUGCUGGCUAUGAACUUCUUGGCCCACACGUGCAUACAUGUGCACACGAUGGAGAAUGGAGUGGGCAAGAAACCAUAUGUGCAGAUAUAGAUGAAUGCAAGACAAACCAUCACAACUGUGAUCAGCAAUGCUGGAACAUUGGUGGUAGCUUCUAUUGCGCAUGUGACCCUGGCUACACUUUGACACCAGACAACAGAACUUGUAUAGAUAUGGAUGAAUGCUCUUUGCCAGAGCUCUUUGGCAUCAAUGGUGGAUGUGAUCAUGACUGUCAUAAUACACCAGGCAGCUUUUUCUGCACUUGUGACGAUGGAUACCAAAAAUCAGUGACUGGUGGCAGAUGUAUUGACAUGGAUGAAUGUAUCACCAACAAUACAUGCAGCCAACUCUGCCUUAACCAUGCUGGAGGGUACUCCUGCGAAUGUGAGGCAGGGUAUCAGCUACAGGGGGAUGGGGAAUCUUGUGAAGCUGUUCAGUGUCUAGCACCUAUGCAGCUACAAAAUGGGAAUGUCUCCAUCACUCAGGCUUCUCCAGGGACAUACCAAUAUGGUGACACAGCUUCCAUCACUUGUAAAUCUGGUUACAAGCUUGUUGGUUCCCCUGUGAUCACAUGUGAUGAAACUGGCCAGUGGAGCAACACUUACACCUACUGUAAAGAAAUACUCUGUCCCUUGGUUGGCAACAUAGAGAAUGGCCAAGUCACCAUCGAUACACAGCAUAUUGGAGGCACUGCCCAACUCACCUGUAAUGCUGGAUACAUUCUUUUUGGCCAUCCUACAUUGUCCUGUCUGCAAGAGGGGGUCUGGAGCCAUCCUACACCUUACUGUAUAGAGUACGACUGUGUACCACCUUCUCCACCAGCUAAUGGUGAAAUUAUCGGCAGACAGUACACAACCGGGAGUCGAGUGAGAGUGCAGUGCAAAGAUGGCUUUGUAACAACCGAGAGUGCAGUUCUCAUUUGCCAGGAUGACCAUACCUGGUCAGCCCCUGUCCCUGACUGCCACUCUGUAAAUACUACCGCCAGUCAGGCUAGCUUUAAGUAGUAACAUAGUCCUCUUUUGUUUGUGUAUGCAUGGUUAAAGCAUCGUCAUUCUACUGUAGCAUGACUACUUCCAUGCAUACUUGUUUGCGGUGUUGCUUUUGCGUUUUUUUUAGUAGAAUAGUCUUGGAUUUUAAUUUUUACAAAAUUUGUUUUUGAUUGCUUUCUUGCAAAAUAUACAUACUUAUAUACUUACAAGUAGUCGCAUGACAGCAUUUUCACUUCGAAUGUGUAGGUAUUAAUGUAUUGCCCAUAAUAAAACAAGCAAGCAAACACGAACUGCAUUGCUUGAUUAUUGUCCAAAGAUAGCUGUACAUUAUUAGAUUACCAUUAGAAGAAUGUUAAGAACUAAAAGAAUAGGAAUGUAAAGUCAAGCAGCAUGAUAAUUUGAGGCAGUUUUAUUAAAUACUUCUCUUAUAGUUUCAAGCUAGAUGACAUUAUGUAAUGCAUUACAUCAAUGUACAACUGUACCCAGUACUCUUGUAAGUCAAACACCAUGUGAAUUCG